ACGAGUGAGUGACCAGCCGAGCGACUGACCGCCGGACCGACCGGUGUACGAGUUGGCUGACUGCGGCUGUCUGGCUGGCUACCUGGCUGCAACGUUCAGGAGACGGGACUGCCGCCUUUGGAAGGAAGAGCAUUGGAGAGAAUGACUUCGGACAUGUCGAGAUUCGAGCAACAGCAACAGACUGUCCAGGGCGGCCAAUUCGUUCCAAAAUCAGAACCAGUCGACGAGGUCAUAGAUCAGAAUCAAAACAACACAUCGGUCGUCUCCGCGGCCAACACUGGCGACGCCCAGAUCUAUAGGAUGAGCGAAGACGGCUCGAAACUCAUGGGUGCCUUGAAGGGAACCGGCGGUCAAGAAGGUCAGAUGGUCGUGGAGACGAGCUACCAGGGUGGUGACCAAAUCACCACACAAUCCCAACCGCAGAACAACGCGAUAGCUCAAGCAAUGGCUGCGGCCGAACAGGAUACUGAAGCGGAAGCUGCUGGACAACAGCAGCUGGUCAUUCACGCAGACGGCCAGAACGAGGAGCAGUCGCAGUACGUAGUCGCUACGGUCACGACCACGCUCCACGUAUGUGCCAUCUGCGGGAAGGCUUACACGCAGAAAGACGGCCUGGAAGAGCACAUGCAGAGCCACGCCUCCAGACUGCACAGCUGCAGUUUGUGUGGCGCCAUCUUCAUCGACAAAUCCCAUCUAGACGUCCACAUGAGGCAAACCCAUUACACGACAGGCAAACAUGAGCCCAUUGAGACCGUAACAGAAGAAACAGCUACGGAAACGACAACCGUAACCCAAACGACAGCAACGACAUCUGCUAGAGCGCAAGGCGCGACCACCAGGAGCUCCACGGCCAACAACAACUCGAACACUAAUGGCGGGUCGGGGAGCGCCGCCAACAACGCUGCUGGAGGAAAAACGAAAAAACGACCGUUCGUAUGCUCCGAAUGCGGAAAAGCGUUCCGGAGACGCGAACACGUCGAGAGGCAUAUGCGAAUGCACACUGGCGAGCGGAACUUCGUGUGCAACUCGUGCGGCAAAACCUUCUCGCAGAAGGUUCAUCUUGAAAAUCAUCUCCGAAUUCACACCGGCGAACGACCUUACACCUGUCACGUGUGCGGGAAGGCGUUCCGCCGGAAGGAGCACAUCAGCCGUCACAUGAAAACGCAUACCGGAGAGCGACCCUUUGCGUGCUCCAUAUGCCCGAGGACGUUUUCCCAGCGCGCGCAUCUUCUCAACCAUGCUACCAUACACUCGGGGGAAAGGCCCUUCGCCUGCGGAUCCUGCGGCAAAACGUUCCGUCUGAAGGACCAUGCCGAGCGACACGUCAAAACCCACAUGACCGCUGCUGACCAGCAGGCCCAAGCCCAGCAACAAGUUCAGCAGCAGCAGCAACAACAACUCAUUGAAAUUCAAGGAGAGCAGGAGGCUGGCGGUGUCAUCGAAGUCCAUGAAGGACAGGUUGUUCAGCAUGAACAUCAACAGCAGACAGAGCAACAGUUCCAAUCUGCAAACGCAUCGACGUCGUCGCCCACAUCGACGACGACGGCACAGCACUCGCAGGACAUUCAGGCGCAGCCAUCAGAUCAUCAGCAGCAACCGAACUCGCUCCUCAGCGAAGCUGCUCAGGAGGCCGAGAUUCCACAAGUUGAUGAGGACGAAACGCAGCUCGAGACCCCGGUAAUGGUCCACGAAGUGCGCGAAGUCGUUCAGGGUACCAUUGACGAUGGUCUCGAAACGCUGCAACCUGUCGAGCCUCAUCAACAGAUCGAGACGGUCCUUCCCCAAGAGGAGCAAGGUGGAGGAGAUACCAAGAUGGUGGUCGUUGAAGACGACAAGAGUCAACUUCGCGGGGCUCAGACACAACUGGUUCAGGGUGCCAACGGACAGAUACUGCAGGUGCAGGUUCCCGCGAAUAACAACAACAGUACGAACACAAAUAACAACAUGAAACAAGCAGAACAACAACAAGUCGAAGUCGUCGAUGGCUCUGAAGAUCAGACCGCGGUAGCUCAGCAAACCGGCGCGACCGCUGCGUCAACCACAACUACGGAUCAUAGCAUCCAUAGGUGUCCACUGUGUCCCUAUAUGAGUACGAGCGUCAACGAGUUCUGCAAGCAUGUUGUACUCCAUGCGGAAAGUAAGAGUGACACACCAGAGCAGCCACCGACCAGCGAGGCUCCAGUGACCAUUCAGCCAGCUGCUGCUGGUACCGUGGUAGCUGCUUCUGGUGACAAGCCGCAAAUUUCCAUCGUCCCCGCGGCCGGUAACGGUGGCCAAGCCGUCACCGCUCAACAGUUCAUCGCUUCCAAUGGCCAACCGCAGUAUCGAUGCGGUAUUUGCGGAGAAAUGAUCAACGAUAGCGCAGUGCUCCAGGAUCAUCUUCGCAGCCAUCAGGAAAGCGCCGCCACACGCUUAUUUAGCUGUUCAGUUUGCGGAGUCGUCUACGCUAACAAGAACCAAUUAGAAACGCAUAUGCAGACCCACAUCAUUACCCCAAUCCCCGCGCAAGGCGCGGCCCCUGCGACGACCGUAGCGGCAGCUCAAGUUACGCAGGUGGCAACGACUCAGGCUACUGUCAACGGUGAAACAAGGCAAGUUCUAAUCCAGACUGCGGGCACGACAGAGUGGCUCAAGCCAACUCCUUCGACGACUACCACAGCCGUUGUAGGCAUAUCAGGCGACGCCAUGAGUCCAUCGAAGCCCAAAGAAAGACCGUAUUCGUGUCAGAUCUGUGGUAAGACGUUUUGUCAGAAGGCCCAUCUGGAGAACCACCUUCGGAUUCACACCGGAGAGCGGCCGUUUGCUUGCUCCAUGUGCGGGAAGGCGUUCAGGCGCAAGGAGCACAUUGGAAGACACAUGCGAAUCCAUACCGGCGAACGACCUUUCCACUGCACCCAUUGUGGAAAACGCUUCUCACAAAAGGUCCAUUUAGAGUCCCACAUACGGAUCCACACCGGAGAACGGCCCUUCUCAUGUUCAGCAUGCGGCAAGACGUUCACUCGAAAAGAGCAUAUCGAACGACACAUCAAGACCCACACAGGGGAGCGCAUGUUUGUCUGUUCUCAGUGCGGAAAAAGCUUCAAUCAAAAAGCGCAUCUCGAGUCGCAUAUGAGAACACAUACGGGGGAGAGACCGUAUACAUGCGGCCCUUGUGGGAAGACCUUCAGACAACGCGUACAACUCGAGAGACACGCUAGAACACAUCUCGCUCCAGGAACCGAGGGAAUUCUGACUACGGCAGGUGGCCAGCAGGUGUUGACCGUCGCGGCAGUGCCCGGUCAGCAGUUAACAUUCAUUGCGGAUCCCAACAUCAUCCAACAGCUGCAGUCCGCAGACGGCCAUACCACUAUAACCGUCCCAUUCUGUACCUUAUGUGGUAAGGCACUCUGUCAGCAUAUGGACGCGCAGCAAAGACAGCUGAUCGAGAAUGCCGCUGCACAGGGAGCCCAGGUGCAGGUCGUACAGGCCGCACCGGGGCAGCAGCUUGUUCAAGAAUCUGGUCAACUGCAAGUUGUUGAUGCCGGGGUGAUCGCAAGUGCUGAUGGCGCUGGCGAUGCUGUAGCACAGGCGGUCGCUCAGGCAACCGGAAUCGAACAUGACGUCUCCGUGCAGGGUAUGUCUGUGCAGGAACAGGUCGACAAGGCUAUUAGCAAUGCUGUGGCCUAGACCUCGAGCGCACGUAUAGACAUCAACAUUUCUGCUGGAUCAAGUCACCUCUGCCGAAAAGUCUCUAAACAGAAUGAGCAUCUGGAAACAAAUGUGCUGAGUUGAAGCCAGGAUAUAUCCCAAAGUCCUGAGUUAUUCGGUGAAAAGGAGAUAACAAAACGAAACCUCGGAGCGAGUUGGCGAUCGAGAGCGAAACAUUGCGUGACUGACGGAAUGCGUCAGCGCCGAGCUCUGGAUCAGCCUAUGUGUAAAAUCAAAACGCUUGAAGGAAUCCCGGACGACAUGGCGAGCGACACACGAGUGGAGUCGUCCGUGGGUUAGGAAAGUGUGUUCGACCAAUUGCAAGCGAGAAAAUGAAUGUUUAUGAAGCAGUACUGACGAAGGACUGAGCAAUCGCAGGAUGCGAAUGUGCGCGGACUCUUGCCACCAGGUUAGGGUUGCCAUUUCUGAGGAGAGAACGAAACAAACGAUUCAAACGAAAACGUGUACUUCAAGUAACUACCUUACCAACGAGAGGUAGCCCGUUUGACGUCGUCUGACGUAAACUGCUGUAACAGGCAGACCCCGCCCCGCUCUGUUUCCCUCAAUUUCUCCCAGCUUAUGUAUUUAUGUGUAUACUGUACCAUCACAGAACAUAUUACCACGAGAAUAUAACUACAUUAACUAUAUAUAUGGAUAUAUGGAGAAGAUGAAGAUGAGUGCGUCAAAGAGAAUCAGGUAAUCAACCUACAUACCCACAAACGAACCUCGUACCAAUCAAUCAAUCGACGUCUUUAAUCAAUUCCUCUCGCGAUACGUAGAAUUCGCUUCGGGAAUAUUCAAGGCGAUCUACGGCUAGAGAUUCGGACUGAGAACACAAACACGCGAGUAGCGGAAGCAUCCAGUAAUCGUCCGACUUCUGAGUAGCUAAUCUUGGGGAAGUCGUUCAUCGUCGUUGACCAUGGAGAGGAAAUACUUUUGCGAAUACUUAAAUAAGUCGAAUGAUGUCGAUUUCUCAUAGAGUGAAGCCGCGAACGGAAGCCGCUGCCUAUGCUGCUGCCGUCGCCGAGGCUAUCUGAAGCUUUGUGGAACAAUUGAGUUUGCUCCGUUUCCCUCCCUUGUUCGUUUCCAUCAUGCUUGUUUGGUUAUUCGUUUUCAUUGAUCGAAUCGAUCAUGAGCUACCGUCACCAUUGCCUGGCAUACGAUGAACACCGAUUCGGAUUUCCGACUUAUAUGAUAUGAUUAUCAUCCUCACUAGAAACAGAAUAAAGUCAUUUCCCCCUCUCGAAAUUCCGAUGAGACCAAGACUACUCCUAUCGAGCUAAUCUGGUAGGCGAGAGCACCAGAAACCCAGGAAACCCAGGAGUCUCUGAUGGAUAUUUUUCUCAAAAACGUCUCUUUAUCCGGUGGUACACAUGUAGUCGGUUCCGGGCCGUCUCGUUCAUCGAUCGCAGCUGUGGCACUUGAAGCCCCCUCAUUUAGGCCGGUUCAUAUAAAUAUAUGGAAUAUUAGGAAAUUGUGAGUUUAGGUUCUGGAGGCUUCGGUGGAUUUCGAUAGAGAUGCCUUCUGUAUGUUCAUUGACGAUUGCAUCCAUUACAUUAUUCAUCAUUU